AUGAGGUAUCAGAAAGAUUCAAAGUUGUUUGAGCUGGAAAAGAAACUUGUCAACUUUCAAGAGGAUAAAGCAAAGGGUCCAGAUGGGAUAUUAUUCACAAUGACUCCUUCUGUGACCAUUACGUUAUUCUUCAUAGCUGUUACAUUUGGUGCUGGAAAUGCUGCCCAGCCUCGCUUCUCAUCCUAUUCUGGUGAAUAUGGUGUGGGUGGUGGAACAGCUUUCACUCACUCUGGAGUGCAUAUGUCUGGAACAAUCACUGCUCUGAGAAUCCGAGAGAGUACUUCCUAUGUUGUUGGUAUCCAGGUGAGGUAUGGAAAUGUGUGGAGUAAUUAUGAAGGCAAUCAAGGUGGUACACUCCAUGAAAUCAACCUUUAUCCAGGCGAGUACAUCAACCAGGUGUCUGGCAAGCAGAACAGCUACAUUGCUCAACUAAUCUUUGUCACUAACCUGGGUCGUAUGUUCCAUUUUGGGCAACCAUCUGGUACUUGCUUCAACUCCUUCCCAAUAUACCGCAACACCAUCCUGCGCUACAUAAGUGGGCGACACAAUGGGGGUGUCAUUACUGCCAUUGCAUUUCAUUAUGAUAUGCUACGAGACAGCAAUGGAAACUGCAUUACCUGCAAGGAAGGAGAUAACUAGAAUAAUAUUUUGGUGGUGACACACACAUUUCUAAUGCUUUCUUUAAUCUUCUGUGAUUGAAAAAAGUAGGGGAUUUUGAAAAGGUGCAUCUGGAAAUACAACAGGCAAACAUUUUUGGUUUAACAUUUACUUCCUUCCUUCAACUGAAGCUUGUCUUAUUGAAAAAUAUAUAUUUUUUAACAAUCAAUUUGUAUUAAAAUAACAGCAAUCAACAACAAAAUAUUUACAUAUAUAAUGUACAGAAAAAGCA